AUGCGCUUGUUCUGCGGUAAAUGUUUGGUAUUUUGUUGUCCGCUGUGUGUCACGCAUUUAUUUGUGGCGUUUGCCGUUAGUGCGCUGCUUGCCGGGCUUGCCCCGGGCAUCUUCCCGUGCCUGGUAUCCUCCAUUGCAGGUACUGUCCCGAAGGGGCCUGGCAUGUUUCUGACGACAUGUUCCUCCGCUGUCGGUCCGCAGUCGGCAGCCAUGAAUAGGGAAGAUGUCAUGGAUACGGUGUAGGGAGGUUCUGAGACUUCGGAGGAUAUUCGAUGUUCUGCCGUGCGGUGACGUGGAGGUCGAUUUCCGCUCGAUUUCCGCCGUCCGUAAGCGGACACAAGUGGGGACAAUUUGGACAAAAGUGGGUCGAAAUGUAGACGACAUAUGUGGGCACCACAUGUCAGUAUAUAAGGCUUGGGCACCUCAUCUCGUGUCGGGCAAACACCCUUUUUACACAUCAGUGGUAUGAAAAAAUUGGUUGACGCCGGUGGGUAUACCCACCACGCGAUGUCGGACAGAAGUGUGGGCACUCUGGUGAGGCCUUGCGCGCCUCUGCGGUGUUAGGCCCGAAUGUAUGUGUGCCUGAACGUGGGAAAAUAUCGAUGCCCGUGCUGUGUAUGGUCCCUGGCUGUGUCGCCCAGGUGUCAGAAUGGGGUUUAGAGUCGUUUGGGGGUUGCCUUGGGAGUGCGCACGCGCUGGAUUUCCGAGUACCCGCUUUUGUCCGAGAAAGGCGUGGGGUAUACCCACUUUAGUCCAUUUCCCAAAUGUUAAUCUUCGGUCUGAAUUUAGGACUUCGGUCUGAGAAUUUCCGGAACCGGCACGUAAAGCUCGCUCGUUAUUAGUUCCGAAAAUCGAAUCAAAACCCAUCUCUGCAGAGGGACCUUCCACAACUCCUCCCUGACAAGCGCGCGGUCGGGAGCAGCCCCAAACAGCCUCAGGCAAGCUUCUAUGGAGGUGGACACGUACGCUGGCAUGUAGCAGCGUGUGUCUUUAGCUUGGCAGUGGCUUUGGGUCCGCCGGAGAGGGAAGCAACCCGUCCGUCAUCAGUUGUCAGAUUGUUGAGAGAUGAGAACCAACUCGUCCACGUGUCGGCUCCCCUCCGGCAAGAACACACAACCUCACCUGCAUUGCUAUACACGCCUCAACAGCCCACUCGUACAUGCAUGCGGCGAGGCUCCAGACGUGAGAAAUCCUCCCUUCCUCGGGGGCGCGUUCCUUCGCAGUAAGGCUGGAUGCGGUUAUUUUUUCUGCAAGAUGGCCGGCAGGCAAACCGAGCAGGAGGAGAAAAGACGCAGCAGGAGACCAACGGCGUCAUCAACGGCGGUGGAAGGCGCCGGCCAAGCGCGGAGCCACCUGCUAUGUUGUACCUCGAAAUGGAUGCUGCGGACGAGAGAAGCUUCAUUCCCUAGAUAAAUCCCUACCUGGAACAUUUACAUCGCGAAGCUCAGGGAAUGGGCGAGAAGAUAUGUGGGCCAAGGCACGUGACUAGCAUGACGUUAGUUUCAAGCAGACCGGGGACGCCGACAACAGGUCAUGUUGGGCAAAACACAACAAGUUCGCUUGACGGCCCGAGCACACAUGAUGGAGAUGAACUGGGCGAUGCUUCCUUGAAAGCUGCCUCGAAGGGUCAAACACAGUCAGAAUCGCGUGCCAAAGCGGGCGGGUGUGGUCGAAUUGAUUUCGUGGCCCACAGCAAGCGUUUGAGUGCAACGGAUGGUACUUGCUUUCUGUUUUUUAGGCUUUCAUUUAUUUGAGAUCAAGACGUUGGCAAGGGCAUGUGAAGAUGCACUCAUAUGACAGCAAGACGUUGGAAAGGGCAAUUGAAAAUCGUCUCCACGACCACGCCGCACAGGUGGUCGUUUUUAGGCUCAGCGUUUUGGGUUUGUUUCUUUUAAGGCUGCGACUCGAUUUUUCUUCGCGCAUUUUCAUUCUUGCGCGCACGGGCAUCGUCAUGGAUUGUUUGCACUCGAGUACCACUUGCAGACCACCCGCGUUGGUUGAUUGAACGGUAGGUCGGGGUGCUCAGUGUUGGGUUUUAUGUUCCCGCGGCAAUAAUGCAAUAACCUGGAGGUUGUGCUGCGUGAGGGCUAGUCGUAUGGCGUUCGGCACCCCAGAGGAUCGGACAAACACAAGAAAACGACAACUCGAAGCAAAACAUCAGAUUAAAACGAAGGUCGGGAACAUUAAAAUCAGGCAGACGUAAGUUUGAUAACGGGAUCAACAAGUUAACCCCUCAUGCAAGCC